UCUUACCAUUGGUCGAGUCACCUCGCGUCAAUUAUUGCGGACCGCGUCUUCUUCCUAGCGUUGCCAAGUGGGCAGUCGGGCCUUGUACUUGACUGCUAGCCACACUGUAUUCUUGCGGGCCUUCUUCCCUUCCGUGCAUUUUCCUCAAAUACACCACUCUCCUAAGCUGCAGUACCCCGCCAUUUUUGCGCCCUCGCAUUCCUCAAUUUUGUCCUACAGAACUACUGUCCCGAUCUCUUCCACCCACUGCCGUGGGGCUUGCAUCAUGUCCCAGCUCGGGAAGAUUGACACAAUGCAGCGCGCUCUCAACAUUGUCAACGAGCAUGUCCACUUUAGCCCUGAGGCAACCCAGGGCUGGAAGUCGAAUUCGGAGCUCCCACAAGCUCGCGAGAUUCUAGCAACUGAAAAUGACACGAAGGAUCUGCCAGAGAAUCCCGUCCAUACUCCCUGGGCCUCAAAGGAGGCCUAUCUUGAGGCGUAAUACGAGAUCCUGCGUCGCGAAGGAGUUGAGGGUCUACGGUUCUCCGUAGGACUCUACAAAGAUGCGAUCAAGAACAAGAAGGUACCAAUGGAUGAUGAGUUCUCA